UGCGGUCCUUAUUACGCUGUGUUUACAUUUUCUGCUAGGAACCGAAUCGUUUUACUUCUAGCGUAUAGCAUAAAUUAUUCUAUCAACAGUAGACACUUCCAUAUGCGUAAAUCAACCGUGAUUGUGCAUUCGUACACAAAACGAGACAUUCAAUUUUCAUUUGUUUACUUAAAUUGAUGUCAUUUCGUCAGUUAAAGUGAAAAUAUUACGACAAUGACAAUAUUAUCUUCAGUAAUGUACUUACUGCAUAGCAAGCAAGUCCACAAUCACUAGAACUGAAAGAUUAAUGAUUUCUUCACUAAAAUGGUAAUUGAUCAUUGCAUUUGGAACAUCAACUGUUGAACUUUUUGUACAGUUAAAAAUGGAUUCGGACCCUUCGAGUUUUAAUGAUAGUUUAAAAAUGAAAGUAGAGGUAUAUAUGAAUGAAGGAAACUAUGCAGUUGAAAAUAUUGAAAUACCAUUUUUUGAAAUGACUGAUAAUUAUUACAUGGACUCAUAUCCUUAUGUUAAAGAAGAAGUCGAUUUGGAUUCACAAUUUGAUGAUAAUGAAAUGUACUUAAAUGAACAACCUCAAAUCGAAAUAGAAUCUUGCUACAUUAAAGAUGAUUAUGAAGAGGAUUACACUGAGGAUGACGAUGAAGAUGAUAUUAAUAUUGAUGAUUUUUUUGAAUCAUGUAGCGAUGAAGAUUCAAAAACUGUUAGUCAAUUAAAAGAUAUAUGUAAAAGUAAUAAUAUAUUUACAAACAGUAUUGAAACAAAUAAUCAAGAAAUAAGGUUUAAAAAGCAGAAAAAAAAAUCAUUUGAAUGUGAUUAUUGUAAAAAAACUUACAAUACAAAAAAUCAGAUUAAAUUACACAUUUCUAUGUGUCAUCGACCAAAAAGAUUUUUAUGUGGAUCAUGUGGAAGAGGUUUCCUUUCAAAAAGAUCAUUAGAAACUCAUGAUAAUAAUGAACAUCUUAAAAUUAAGCCAUAUAAGUGUACAGGGUGUGAAAUGAAAUUUGCAUGUCCUCUCUACCUUCGGAGGCAUUUUAGAAUCGUUCACGAAAAUUAUAAAAAGUAUAAGUGUCCUGAAUGUAACUGUAGAUUCAUUUCAAUUACAAAAUUGCAAAUACACUUUGAUGGACUUCACAGAGGCGUGCGAAAUUAUGUAUGUGAAACAUGUGAUAAAAGUUUCACUUACAAGAAUGAUCUCAGAAAGCAUGUUGAUGCUGUUCAUAAGAAGCUCAAACCGUUUGAAUGUGAUAAAUGUUUUAGAAAAUUUGCCCAGAAAGUUCAUUUAAAAAAACAUUAUGGUUAUGCUCAUGAGGGUAGUCAUUUACUUGCAUGUGAAAAUUGUGAAGAGAAAUUUCCAUAUGCAAGUCAACUGAGAAAGCAUGUUGAUUCUAUUCACAAGAAUAUUAAAAUGUUCCAAUGUGAAUACUGUAAUUAUUUGUGUAGAUAUAAGCCUCAUUUGGAUAUUCAUGUCAAGAAUGUUCAUCUGAAAAUUAAAGAAUUUUUGUGUGAAGUCUGUGAUAAGACUUUUGCGUGUAAAAGUAGUCUAAACAAGCAUAAAGCUAGUUUGCAUUUGAAAAAUAAACCAUAUAGAUGUGAUGAAUGUAACAAAGGAUUUGGAGUCAAAAGUACUUUGAAUAAUCAUUUAAGAAACGUGCACAACCGCGCAAAGAAUGCGUACAAUUGUAGAAGUUGCAACGCUAAAUUUAAAGAAAAAAGUCAGCUAGAUGAACAUUUCUUUAAUAUUCAUGUUAAUCGAUAGUACGCGUUGAAUUAUAAUUAGGGAUGUGUGGGUACCCGACGUUUUUAUCCGGCCCUUCGGACUCGAGUCGAGCUCGGGGUGCCCGAAUUUUUUGGCUUAUUCAAGACAAGAGGUUGAUUAGAAUUAAAUUCAACUCACUUUGAAGCAAUUUUUUCAGCAUUUCAAUAGCCGAAAAUUGCGAAUGAUGCUUUGGGCAUAAUUGUCACGCAAAGUUGGAUUUUUUGGGCACCCGCACACCCCUAGUUUGAACAUUAUUUUAAUGUAGCGUCGAAUUAUUACGAUUAAAUUGUAAAAAGACUAAAAAACUAAUAUGAGCGACGCCAGUGAUUUGUUCAAUGACAAUAAUUUAGUUUAAUAAUCCUAGUUAAUUAUCGUUGAGCGUCAAUGCAAAUGUUAAAGUUCUAUUUAGGGUAUGACUAUAAAGACUAUUUUUUCGUGCGACACACCAUCAUUUCUGUGUAUUAUAAAUAUCUGUUGAAUUAAAAUUUUUAUAAAC